GACCUACCCGACCGCUGGCGGCAAAGGACCGACCCAGACCCACGGCGCGGCGGCGCCCCGCCUGCAGUCCCCGGCGACGGCACGAUGCGGCGGCGGCCCUUCUCCCGGCACGACGGCUUCUUCGCCUCCCUCCAGCGGGUGGAAGACCGGCUGGCCGCGGAGCAGCAUCAGGAGCAGAGGCAGGACCCGCCGCUGCCGCCGGCGGCGGCUCCGGCGACGGCACGCCAACCCGACGCGUCGCCGUUCUCGGGCACCAUGACGACCGCGUCCCCGCUCCUCCUCCUCGACCCGGCACCGCCCAGCGCGCCCGCGAGCCGCGACAGCAGCGGCCCGGCGCUGGACUUCCUCACCCCCCACACCGAACAGGACCAACGCAUCCAACAGGACGACGGCGGCGGCGGCGGUCUCGUCGAGGAGGACAUCGCUUGGCUCAUGGCGCUGCUGGGCCUGUCGCCGCCGCCGCCGCCGGACGGCGACGGCGACGACGGCACGGGCGGGUGCGACUGCAGCGGCGCCGACGGGUUCCUGGCCAGGGUCGUCGGCGUGGCCGGCCCCAAGUGCGACGGGGAGAAGCGGAGGCUGGACGCCUGGAUCCGCCACUACCACCGCGGGGGAGGCGGCGGGUGCAGCAGGGAGCCCGCGAGGCUGGCGCACCUGCUGCUCGCCAGGGCCUCCAGCGACGCGGCGGCCGUUGCGUCCCCGGCCACCGUCAAGGAGUUCCUGGACCGCGAUCCGCCGCGGCAGACGACGGAUUAGACAGCGCGCCGCAGCCGCAGAGUCGCAGGCGUGGCAUUGCAUUUCUGAAAGCAUUGCAGAGGCAAUCACCGGAUGCACCUAAAAUAUUGUGUUCUCUCCGACUAGAAAAUUGGAUGCGUGCCGUUAGAACAUCCAAACUGGCCUUGCCCAACUUUGGAGACGCAAAAUCACUGUUGUAGCAGUGUAGCACACUGUAGCGUUUCGUUUGUAUUUGUGAAUUAUUAUCCAA